UUCUUAAUCCUAUUUCUUCUUUAACUUCUGCAUUUGCCACUUUCAGUCUUGAAAAAAAACAGUGGAUAAAAAGGAAGACUGUCCUCCCACUCUCUAUUUGCAAUCCCUCUGUAAACUACCCUGAGAUUCAUUGAGAAAUGGAAGAAAAUGACUACAGCCCCACUGCAAUAAUUCUCUCUGAACUGGAUCAGAAGAAUGAGGAAUGUGUCUUCAGAGAAAUCCAGGGAAAGAGUGUUGGUGUUACCAAGAGAAUGACCUGGGCCCCGCUGGUUGUGCUCUGCCUCAUCCUGCUGUGUGGCCUCAUUGCUCUGGGAGUGCUCUAUUCCCUGAAGAUCCAGCAAUCCUCUGCCUCCCUGUGCUCUUUGGAACCACACAUAGCAGAGAAACACACACAAAUGUCAGAUUUUCUAGAGGCUCAGAACAGGAAUCUUUCUGCCUCCAUGUCCUCUCUACAACAGAAACUAGCAGAUAAACACAUCAUUGCAGAAUCCCUGGAGGUUCAGAACAAGAACCUCUCUGCGUCUCUUUUUUCUGUGGAGCAGAAACUAACAGAAAAAAAUAGUUUUGCAAAUUUCCUGGAGGUCCAGAACAGGAACAUCUCUGCCUCUCUCUCCUCUCUGCAACAGAAACUAGCAGAUGAAUACACCAUUGCAGAAUCCUUGGAAGCUCAGAACAGGAACCUUUCUGCGUAUCUUUUUUCUGUGGAGCAGAAAUUAACAGAGAAACACACACAAAUGUCAGAUUUUCUAGAGGCUCAGAACAGGAAUCUUUCUGCCUCCAUGUCCUCUCUACAACAGAAACUAGCAGAUAAACACAUCAUUGCAGAAUCCCUGGAGGUUCAGAACAAGAACCUCUCUGCGUCUCUUUUUUCUGUGGAGCAGAAACUAACAGAAAAAAAUAGUUUUGCAAAUUUCCUGGAGGUCCAGAACAGGAACAUCUCUGCCUCUCUCUCCUCUCUGCAACAGAAACUAGCAGAUGAAUACACCAUUGCAGAAUCCUUGGAAGCUCAGAACAGGAACCUUUCUGCGUAUCUUUUUUCUGUGGAGCAGAAAUUAACAGGAACUGAGAGACAGUUGCAGGAACUGCAGGCCAAUCACAGUGAAGUGAUGAAAACUCUCUUGUCCUGCAAAGCAAACGGAGGGUGUGACAGUGGCUGGAGGAAUCAUCUGGGACAGUGCUACUUAUUUUCCACUGAGAAAUUGAACUGGAUACAAAGUCGUGAUUAUUGCAUCUCAAGGGGGGCUAAACUGGUCAUUAUCAACUUUGAGCAGGAACAGGCAUUUGUGGCAUCCAGCAUUAGUGAGACACACUGGAUUGGGCUGAGUGAUCUGGGAACUGAAGGACAAUGGCGCUGGGUAGACAAUACCCCGCUCAGUCAGACAAAAAUACAGUUUUGGCACAGAAGGGAAAAUGGGAAGCAUGAGCCUGAUAAUUGGACUGGGGGUGGAGAUCGAAAUGGAGAGGACUGUGCAGCCAUUGGAGAUGAUGAAGAUGGAGCACUUUCCCAAUGGUUUGAUGCGUCCUGCAAUAAACAAAGAAGAUUUGUGUGUGAAAAGUUACUUUCACAUUCUUCUGUGCAAUGAAGACAGAUGUUCCAUUGUGUCAGAUAUGAGUGACAAUUUAAUUCCUAAUGUAGUCUUGUCUAAUAUAUUGCGAAGACAGAAGUAACACAAAUAAAGGGAUAUCUUUCACCAUUUUUCUGUACCUGUAUUUGCAUUUGUGAUCAAGAUUUGGGGCCUAAAGAUGAACAUGUGCUGAAAGCUUACUAUUUAUUUGUAAUGAUAUUUACAGCCCAAAUAGUAAUAUAUAUAUGACCUAUGAUAAAAAAAAUUCUGCAUAAAUUAAACGGUAUGACUGGAUAGGGCACAAUGGCCAUCACCAAAUGCAGAUACUUUAUUUGCUUACAGUAAUUACUUCAGAUUUAUUUGCAAUUGACUGCAUGCAGAUAGAUCUGCCAGAAAACUCUGUGAUUGUGAUAUUUUAUAAAGGUAGUGUUCUGCAGGCAUUGCCCAUUGUAUUAUAUGCUAUUUGGACUCUUCAUUAAAACUGUUUGUCCUUUGA